GGUAGGUGGAGUCGCCCGCGACCUGGACGGGAGCCUGGCGGGGUCAGCCCCUGACGAGCUGCCUGGCGCAUGGCUGUGUGGGGACUGGGAGCCCGCCUUGGCCUGCGCGGGGGCCUCGGCGCCGGCAGGCUGCUGUGUCCCCGUUUCCAGAGCCGCGGCCCCCAGGGCGUGGAAGACGGGGACGGGCCACAGCCUUCCUUGAAGACACCCAAGAUCCCCAAGAUAUACACCAAAACAGGAGACAAAGGGUUUUCUAGCACCUUCACUGGAGAAAGGAGACCUAAAGAUGACCAAGUGUUUGAAGCCUUGGGAACUACAGAUGAAUUAAGCUCAGCCAUUGGGUUUGCUUUGGAAUUAGUCGCAGAAAAAGGCCACCCGUUUGCUGAAGAGCUGCAGAAAAUCCAGUGCUCGCUGCAGGACGUCGGCUCUGCCCUGGCGACCCCGCGCUCCUCGGCCAGGGAGGCUCACUUAAGAUGUGCUGCAUUCGAGGCGGGGCCCAUCCUGGAGCUGGAGCAGUGGAUCGACAGAUACUCCAGCCAGCUCCCCCCUCUCACGGCGUUUAUCCUGCCGUCGGGAGGCAAGAGCAGCUCCGCGCUGCACUUCUGUCGGGCCGUGUGCCGCCGAGCAGAGAGACGGGUGGUGCCUCUUGUCCAGAUGGGUGAGACGGACGCUAACGUGGCCAAGUUUUUAAACAGACUCAGCGACUAUCUCUUCACAUUAGCCAGAUACGCAGCCAUGAAAGAGGGGAAUCAGGAAAAAAUAUACAAGAAAAAUGACCCGUCGGACCGAGCCUGAGGCACCUGGAAAUAAUGCAAAGGGGGAGAUCUGUAGAGCCCUCCGAGGUGAAGAGUUUGUCCUUCCUGUCCUGAUUCUUGAAGAUCUCGCCCAGGGGGGCUGGAGGAGACCCCUGUCCUCCCCGCUAGGCUCUCCUGGGUCUUAGAGGAGGUGGUAAUGAAUGAAUUCAGUAUGGGGGAAAAUAAGGCAAAGUGAUCCCAGCAGUGAAAAGCCACAUAGAAAAAAAUUAAAAGUGGGAAAAGCUUAA